ACCAUUCUUCCCCCGCGUCCUCUCCCUCCCGUGGUCUACCUCCAAAUAAACAGCUCGCCGGCGGUGGAAGAGGUGUGUGGCGAGCGAACGACCCCGGAGGAGCACAAACAAAGAUGCAGAGGUGCGUAGAAGACGACUGUCGGCGAGCGGAGGUGUGGUGCUUCCAGCUACAACGACAGCCUGUGGAUGCUGGCAAGAGUGACCAGCAAAUUGAGGGCGAGAUACGACACGAGCUUGACGACGGGGCGCUGCAGCCAUCUCCACCAGGGUUGCCAUGGCCGGUAAGCACGGUCGCCCAAGGAUGCGGCGGCGAGCAUGGGUUGCCGGUGAACACGAUGCCGAGAACGAGCGUGGGGCGGCCAAUGAUGCGUCGGCAAGAGCAUGUUGCCGGCGAGCAUGAGGCCGUGGACGAGCGCGGGCGGCCCAAGGAUGCUUCGACGAGAGCGGGUUGCCGGCAAGCAUGAGGCCGAGGAUGAGCGCGGGCGGCGCAAGUGGAAGGCGAGCACGGCACUGGAAAAAGCUGCACGAGACGGUGAAGUACAGGGACCUGCGCGAGGACGAGAUGCGUCAGGAGGAAGAUAAUGUCCGAAAGAAUCGUUUCCUUUUUCUAUAUAUCCAACGACCAGGGCUAGUGGCAUCUGGCGGCUAGGGUGCGACCGGCCGAAACUUUCGGCCGGCGCACCGGCGCCCAGUAUUGCCCAUUUGAGAAAUCCUUUUUUGACUAUAUUUGAGAAAUUCUUUAUUUUAAAGCAGCAAUCAAGCACCUAUUUUAAAGGGGCUCUCUUUUUCAUUAUAAUUCUCAGAAAAAUAUUGUGAUUUAGACAUAGUAUUUUUUUUGGGUGUAAAAUUCCCACGUAAUUGGCUCUUGAUUUAAUUCCACUUGCCUUGAUGCCGUGUGUAUCUCCUUGUUUCAUAUACUACUAUAUAUAUAUAUCUUUAAAUACGAGAA